CCAGCAAACAGUUCUAUAAACAUCUAGCUGACAACUAAUUGCGACAUCACAGCAGGAAGAACAGCAAGUAGUUCUGCCACUGGGCGCUCUCUACACCAGAAUCCCACAUUAGUCAAGUGCCACAGCUUCUUGGGCUAGAUGGGUCUCAAGAUAAGAAUACCAAAGCACAUAUGGAACGACUAUCAGCCUGAAGCCCAUUUCCACAGAUCAAAUAGACCGUUUUCGAAGCCAAGACUGAUACUUCGACUUCCACCAGCUCCCACGGCUAUCAAAGCUCGUCAAGUAAGGCGAAGAAAGCACAAUAGCUCACACAAUGAGCCCACGUCCUGCAAAGCAAAGCUGCACCAAUUUCACUACGGCGGACCACAUCGACAGCAGAAAGGGAAGUGGCAAAACAGUAUUACAUACCAACAGCCUUGUCUACAACGGACAUGUCCGAACUGCGUGAAGUGGCAUCCACAUCUUGUCCGCGAGCUGGCACAAUCACCAGUAGUCAAGGCCUUUCAUGACAGUUCGCCGACUAACAGCCUUUCACGCCUUGGAACGCAGGAUAUUCCUUUCAGAGCAAGACGUGGUACCGACCUAUACAACUCCCCAGACAGUGAACACAGUUUUGAUAGGCCGACGUGUAUAAUCUUUCCAACAGAAAAGGGUAAGAGUAGGUUUCGGGAGCUGUUCCAUGAGAGAGAGGGGCGGGAAAGUAGGAACAAGAAUGAUGACGCGAAUAGAAACAGGACGAUGCUAGGCCAAGGUAGUGGUAGGGCGUGAAGAGGGGCACUGGUUGUAUAGAACAGCUUGCGGUCGUGUCAAGACACAUGUCCGCGGGCCGCUCUAGUAAGCCUGGCACGUUUUGUAUAUCCACAAAACGCGUGGGUGAUGGAGAACAUGGAAAAUGCCCAAGACUCCCAUGUUGGACAAGGAUGCUGUAGUGUGCAUGUGCCAUUUUGGCCACUGUCGGAACCAUCGGAACUGUUCCGUGAAAUUAUCAACAGACAUCAUACUUCCUAU